AUGCAAACAAAAUCCUUCAAAACGAUACUCUACGAAAAGUCCCCCGACGGCAAGAUCGCAUAUAUAACCCUGAACCGUCCCGACCGAUUCAAUGCAAUCGACGGACACCUCCCAAGGGAUCUCCGAGAUGCUGUCAAACUAGCCAACGCAGACCCUACCGUACACUGCAUCAUCCUGAAAGGCAACGGGCCUGGAUUCUGCGGAGGCUAUGAUCUGGACAUCUACUCCCAGAACGCGAUACGUGGAGAGACGGCUGGAUCACAGGAUCUCUCGAAGGGAUACGAUCCCUUGAUUGACUACACUAUGAUGAAGGAGAAUACCGAUUGUUUCUCAGGACUGUUCCAUAGUCACAAACCGACGAUUGCGCAAGUUCAUGGUGCCGCGGUCGCGGGUGGAAGUGAUAUCGCCCUGUGCUGUGAUCUGGUCAUCAUGGCGAGUAAUGCAAGAAUCGGCUAUCCUCCGAGUCGGGUUUGGGGUUGUCCGACCACCGCUAUGUGGGCUUACCGGAUUGGUGUGGAAAAGGCUAAGCGGAUGUUGUUCACUGGUGACUUGAUUAGUGGAGCAGAAGCAGCGGAGAUGGGUCUUGUCCUUAAAGCGGUGCCCGAGGGGGAGUUGGAGGAAACGGUAACAUUGCUGGCAACCCGUAUUGCAUCGGUUCCACAGAAUCAACUAUGGAUGCAAAAGCAGGUAAUAAAUGGUCUUAUCGAGGGGCCUCUGCUCAGAAGCCAGAAACUCUCUACGAUAUUUGACGGGAUUACCCGCAAUUCGCCUGAAGGUGUUGCGUUCCAGGAGCUGAGCAAGGAUAAAGGAUUCAAGGCUGCUAUACAGGAGCGUGAUAGUCCGGCGAGAUCGGAGAGGUAUCGGAAGGUGUGGAAGAGUGUGCUAUAG